UCUGGUUUUUUGUGUGUUUUUUAUAUUCACGAGAAACACUAAACAGAAAAAAGAGAAAGGAAAAUCUGCCGAGUUUCUCAGAGCUAGCUUUACACAGGGUUUAGCUGUUACCGUGUAUCAUGGUUAGAAGUUAAUAGUGUCGUAUUAAAUGUUUUAAAAAUCCACCAUUCAGUAUACUUUGAAACUGUCAGAGGAAGUUGAGACAGACGCGCGUGGCGUGUGUGUGUGUGUGUGUGUGUGUGUGAAGCGUCAGUAUUGAAGAGGGGACCUUACCAUGUGGAAAAGAAGCUUGGAGUCAUUAUAAGAACAAGUAGUCAUGCGUCGCUUCAGUUCAGAAGGAUCUCUCCUGGGCCUGGACAUCUUUCCCUGGAAGAGUGCGUCUCAUAAGGCUGAUGUAGUGGACGGAUCCGGCACCUGUAAAACCCCGCCACGGCAGGGGAACAAGGUGGAUCAUGGUGCCGUCUCACUGCCCGCUACGCCGGCUGCUCCGCAGGUCCCAGUGAGCAGAUCGUCGAAGAGUCUUACCAAGGAGCUCAGCUUUAGUGUCGAGGAUCUUACAGAUCAAAACAUACCUCCUGGCAUGCUCAAGCUCACCAAUCUCAACGAAAGCUUCAAAGCGUACAGUGACAGUCAGCUGGCGCCGCAUGCCAUCAGCAGCGGUGAGAGUGUAGAGAAGGACGACAGUCCGUCACCGUCCCCAUCGUCCACAUCCACGCUGAAUCCUUUAUCUUUUCACUCAAGCUCUGGGACGCACCAGAAUCGGCACCAUGUCCGGGCCAAGCUGUCGUCUGCCAAGUUACAUCUGAAGAGUCUGUUUGGUCAGAGCCCCCACGCUUCCAAUCUCACAGUACCGGAGCCCAAAGAGCAGGAAAGCAGUACCAAACAGCGGCGGUCUCGCUUCACUAAGCAGUGGAGUCAGGUGGGUCACGCGAAGACCCUGCUCAGCAGGGCAGAGCUGGAGAAAUGGGCCGAGUCGCUCGACGUCGUUCUCAACAACAGAGUGGCCCUGUCUGUGUUUAGCGCAUUCCUGCGCUCACAGUUCUGCGAGGAGAACCUGCAGUUCUACUUGGCCUGCGAGCAAUACAGUCACUCGUCCAACACCUUCAGCCUGGGCCGACGCGCCAAGGAGAUCAACGCCACCUACAUUCAGACUGGGGCACCUCGUGAGGUAAAUCUGGACAGCAAGACUCGAGAUUUGACGCUGCAGCUGCUGAAAGCUCCAUCCCGCAGCUCCCUGUCCCACGCUCAGAAACGCAUACGAGCCCUACUGGAAUUUGACUGUUACCCUCGCUUCCUGCAGUCCAACAUCUACCUCACACUCCUACAGGACGCUCACUAAGACGGCGUGGGUCGAGGAGGGCAUUUAGACAUAUAGACUGAUGAAGACGGGGGCACAGACGGCGCUUAUUGUGAACUCUAGCUUGAAAAUAAUAAAGAAUUAAUAACGAUAGAAUAAGCAAAACCUUUUUUAUUUUUUUUUUCCUGUUCUCAACUUAAUAUAUUGACAGAAAUAGUAUAGCGGAUUAAAUGAAUGGAGGGGGGGAGGGGCGCAGAUGUCUUCUUUACACUGUAGUCUUAUGCUAGCUCAUGCGUGCACUAACUUGUAAUCAUUACCUAAGAUGUUAUCUCCCAUCAUGCCUCAGUGAGCUAACAGAAAGCAACAACCUGUCAGGCGAGAUCGGCCUCCUCUCAUAGGGUCACAGCACUGGAUGUACAGGAAUAUCAUGACAUUUUCCAGGAAUUCCUUCCUACCUGAGUCAACAAGCGUGUUUGGCAGGAGACCAGUGACAGUUGUAAAGUGACCCAAAGCACCAGGCUUGUGUAUAGAAUUCCUCGCUGUUGUUUAUAUCUCUAUCAGUUUGAGACGUUAAGAAAUAAAUCAGGUUUUCUGAAGAAUCUGAUCCCUAAACAGAAGUCGCAGCAUGUUUUAUUGUUUCUGAUCCUUCUACAUCAGUGACGAGAUACCGCUGUCUUGUUUUUUACGUUCUCGCCGUUGUUACUGUCUCUCGUGGAGUACAAAAAAAUUGCUGCAGGACACAUCCACACAAGUGAGUGUUAUCGAGCGAGACUGGCUUUCCACAAUUGUUUGAGAGCUGGAAAUGUCACCAAGUUAACUGUGUGUGAAAUCCCACCCUGACUGUUUUGUCUUUUUAGAAGAACUUCGGAUUAAAAGUUAAGUUCUGUGCAAAACCGGCUGCUUGCGGAGACGCGAGAGUUUCAAUUUCUUGACUGUAUAAUUUUUUUGGAUGUAUCAGUUGGGCUUGUCUGUCCUAUAAAGGAUAGUACUUUGAUAAGAUUUUGUCACGGUUUGUGUGAAUUUAGGUAAUGGUGGUUAAAUAAAUGAAUAAAUAAAUAA